UCUCCCUCUUCAUGGUCUUUUCUGUCGCAGUCUCACACUCUCUCUCUCUUUCCCUCUCCCUCUUUCAUUCUCUCUCAAGAACACCCCUGUAAAUCACUGAUUGAUCUUGGAUCCGACUGUAUUUUCACCGUGAAAGUGGCCGCCAUCUACGGAGAGGUAAGUCUUUUAGUUUUAUCAGCAAUUAUUUUCAGCACAGAUACAUGAUAUAUACGUAUAUACGCGCGAUUUGGGUUUGGCCGAAAGUUUAAACUUAGAUCUAUGGGGAUUCGGCUGUUGGAUCUUUCUGGUUUUUGGGUAUGUUGGUCGAUGGGGAUAAGGGUAUCGGGUGGUUGCCUAUGAUCGCCGGAAACCACCGGCCACCGUGGCCGGUGGCUACUGCCUGUGCAUUUUUCAGUUCUGGCCCGAAAAUAAAAAAUCAGAUCUACAAAAAUCCAUCCGUUAAAUCUGGCCCAUUUUUGUGCAUGUUAACCCCCUUGGGUUGGCGUUUAUAAUGGUUGGCUCUGAUCGCGGAGACCUCCGGCCGGCGGUGGUCGCUGGCGGCGUCGGUCGUUGUCGGUGGUCGCUGGUGGCAGCGAUUUUGUUCGGUGAUGGCUGGUUUUGGCCGGGUUGAUAGUUGGCCUAGGUUGGCGGGACCCAGCUGGUUCAUGGGCCAGUUUAAUGUGUUUGGGGCUAGGUCUGGCUCAGUUGUGGCAGCUUUGGGUCAGUCCAAAACCCAAUCUGUUGACCCUAACAGUUGACUUUUUCGUUAAGUCAUGAUAGACCUUUUAGAUUUUGUAUUUAUUUAAUUUAAUAAUUUUGUUAUUUAUGAGAUUUUGACGCGACCCAACCAAGAGGUAUUUGAGAAAAUCCUUAAUAUAACACCGUGAAUGGGUAAAUUGUAUUAUAGUGACAAUUGUUGUAUUCAUAUUUGUAAUCAUCUUGGUAUUCUUUAUAUACUAUCACAAUGACAUUUUUUUAAUUGCAUUUGGAAAAAUAGAAUCAAUAUUGCUUGAUCUGCACAUAUUGAAACUUAUAACUGAUUUCAUUUCCUUUAAUUUUCGGGCAUGAGGAUUUAGACUCAUAGAGAACAAAAUGGAGGCUAGGGUUCAAGUGUGAUUGGGAUGAAAGAUAAAACCAAAGGUGGUCAAUUGUAGAUGGAGAGAAGGGAUGCACACACUCACAGACACACAUAUAUGUAAAAAACUCGAGUCACAAUAUAUGCCUAUGUUAGAUUGAAGUUGAGAGGCUGGAAAAAAACACCACCAAAUGCCUCAAUCACCACCAAAGCACCAAACCAGUACAACUCACUCGUGCAUCCCAGUAUGCAGGCAUAUAUACUAAGUAGAGUUUUAACAAUAGACUCACCAAUAAUAGAAAGGGAAAAAGCAAUUUGGAACACGAGAGAGAUGGGGGAAAGAUGGUCAUGACCUCACGCGCGCUAUUUAUGUCUUGGCCAUGCAAUGCGGUUCUCCCACUUGGGUCCCAUGUGGUUUGCCUUUUGCGCACAGCCCGGCCUGAGCCUUGGGCCAUUUUAAACUGGUUUUGGCCCAUUUUGAUUAAAACAAAUUGUAAACAGCCCAAUUUUACCCAACUUAUGCAAACAACAAAAUUGUCAAAAUAUUAAGCUUUUAUUUUUUAAGGUGAGAUUAGCUAUACAAAUUUUAAGUAUCUCCCCAUCAAGUUUUCUCUUCUGACAAAUAUUUAUUUCACUUCAUCCAUUUUACUCUAAUAGUCAUCUUCUCAAUUACAAUAAUUGUAACUGAGCCAUAGCAAACUGAGGGUCUGCAGAGAAGAGCAUAGAAGCUUUUAAAAGAAAUUAAGGCGGAUAGCCUUAUUCAUGAACCACAAUCUCUUGUGAUUGGAGUCACUAGAUAAAAGAUUAACAAUCCACAAAUCAAAAUAAAAAUUGCUUAAGGUCGCCCACAGAGACAGAGAAUCACUACAGAAAAUCAAACCUCUCGCCACCAGCACUGAACACCACUACUGCCACAAUCUAAAACCAUCAUUGUUUCUGUUCAUAACCACCCGAGUCCCCAAUCCAUGGUCAGUGCUGCACCAGCCACCAUCCAUGAGAAAAGCCUUUCGUCUUCACCUCAAUUCCGAAUCCCCCACAUUUUAGACACGGGGAUAGAACAAUCAAACAGCCACAUCAAACCACGGUCACUGGUCAACAGACUCAAUACCCCUUGUCUAACACCUACCCACCUCACCCUCAUAUCCCACACCUGGCACUGUUGCCUACCCCUGAAUCCAACCAACCAAGCUAGCUACAUCAGUGUAUUUCAGGUUGAAUGGAAGAUCUAGUAUUUAAUCAAUUAGAUAAACUAUUGCUCUAUGAGUUGCCUCCCUACAUUGUCCAGAUCAUAAUUUGCAAAAUGACAAGAUUUCGUAAAUGAAAAAUGAAAAAAAGAAAAGAGAAUACAAAGCAAAUUAAAAACCAAAGAGCAACAAAAAAGAAAUGAAAGGCUCAAUAAUUAAAAAUACAGAAUUGGUAUUUGACAUAAAGCAUUUGAAACUCACAAUCAUAAUUAUAAAGCUAGAAACAAAAAUUACCUUGCCACUGAUUACGAACCCUAGUUUCAUGGGAACAAAAUGGUAAAGUACAGGCUCUCAAGAUAACAGAAUAAGGGGAGCCCAAAUGCAGCAGGUCUAUGAUUUAGAAACAAAAGACAGAAAUCCACCAGCUGAACGAAAUCUUCAAAUACGUACACACACACAUUCUGCAUAGACCACUGUGGUGCACUCAAGAUAGAUAGGGGCAGAGAUGGAGAUGGCUUAAAGAUAAGAAAAAACUCAAGGACAGAAAACAAGCUCAAUCAAAUCUAAAUUCACAAUCCAUAAUCAUUAGUGCUUAGAGUUUGGGGUGUUAAAAAAACUGGUGGGCCACGGAAAUCAGAUCGCGCGGUUGGUUUGAAAAAUACCCAAACCGUUUAGCAUAAACGGUUUGGGGUGCUGGCAGUUCGGUUCCAAACCGAACUGAGCGACCAUAUUAGUAAUUAAAAUAAAUAAAAAGUAAAAAUUAAAAUAUAUAAAGGAGCGGGUGGGGGAAGGCCGAAGCCCUAAAUCCCUAAAUUGCAUUUCUGAUUUCUCCCUGCCCUGCUUCGUCUCUCUCUCAACUCUCAAGCUGUCGCGCGCGCACCCAUCCCCGCAGCACCGCACCGGUCUCUCACCCACUCACCGGCCGCCGCACAAGGUUACUCUCCCACGAACCGGUCCUGACCCAUCCCCCGCCGCACCACCGGACGAGAGACGACGCGGAGAAACAUAAAUCUAUUACCGAGAGGCACGAGAGCGACGGAGCAAGUUGCAUCCCCCGACGGCUGUCGCACCAAACAGUGUUUCCCCCUCACUUAGAUCAGUAGAUCCUAGUCCUACGAUACCAACUCCAUUACAAGUUUCAGUUGAUUGAAUUUGUGGGCUCAAGCUGUUCCAAGAGGCAUCUUCAUAUAGAAUCUGAAGUUGCAGUUUUCUGAUAUGGCAUCUAGGCGAAAUGUUCGUUAUAGUCGUCUAGCUACUGAUGAAGAUAAUGAUGAUUAUAAUGGUGGUUAUGAUCCUCGAUAUGACUACACACCAAGGUCCUUUGACAAAGUGCCUUGGAAAUCCAUUGCCCUUGCACUAGUCUUGCUCUCCCUUGGUUGCAUGCUUCUCUUUCUCUCCUACUUCAUCUUCACAGGUCACAUGGGAGGAGAACAUUCCCAAGCUUAUGGCCUGUUAGGACUCGGAAUCCUCACCUUCCUCCCAGGAUUUUAUGAGACCCGAAUCGCAUAUUAUUCGUGGAGAGGAGCUGAGGGCUAUCGCUUUGCUGCCAUUCCUGAUUACUGAAGACGUGUGUUACUUAAAAACUAACUGCCUCUUCUUUUUGGGCUUUGUAUAGUUAAGAAGGGCCUCUGUGCAGAACUUAUUUGUUUGCCCCCAGUAUACUGUGUGCGCGCCUAGAAAUGACUUAAAAGUUGCAUCAUUUCUUUCCGAUGAGUAACAGAUGUAUUUGGACAUUUGGGAUUAAGCUGAUGCAUUGCCAACUGAACACCUUCACAGUUUUCAACUGUGGUUUUUGAUGCA